AUGCCGGACUGGAAUGUUCCCACCAUGAUCGUUCUCGGGUCAGGGGGCCACACAAGUGAGAUGUUGAAGCUAGUCAGUAAAUUACCCAUCCCUUAUCAUCCCAGAACUUAUGUGUUGGCAGACACAGACAGACUGAGUGAAGCAAAAGUGCAUGCACUUGAAGAACUAUUGAAUGAAUCAUCCAACCACCACGAUCAACAUCAGAUCAACAAACACCAACAACACAAAAUAUUGAAGAUGAAACGAAGCAGAGAAGUUCAUCAAUCGUGGUCAUCAACAAUUUUGACAACUGCACAUGCUUUGAAAGAUUCGUUGGUCAUCAUGAUUGAAGACCGACCAGACCUCCUUCUAUGUAAUGGACCUGGAACCUGCGUACCACUGUGCUUUAUUUUGUUCCUCUUCAGAGUUCUCUGCAUAUUGCCUAGAUCAAAAAUUAUCUUCAUUGAAAGUAUUUGCAGGGUUAAAUCAUUGUCGCUGACUGGUAAAAUAUUGUACCACAUUGCUGAUCAGUUUGUUGUUCAAUGGCCUUCUUUGACCAAAGUUUAUGACAGAGUAACAUAUUUAGGAAAGAUAUUUUAA